GUGCUAAGUAGAUCAGCUGGAUCAUUCAUAUUUCCAUUGAGGUCGGUACUAUCGCGCACUGAAGAUGACUGCAGCGCUACAGUCAGGCGCUUAAAGGGGAAUAGAGAAGAAACACCCUUAAGUGCUUCAAAGGCUUGUAACCAUGGAAACAAGAAAUCCUAGACCCAGCCCUCAAGGUCUAGUCUCCCAGGAUGAUGGUGGUCUGUGGAUGGACUCCAACCCUGUGACAGACCACACAGAGAGCCCAUCUGUAACCCACGGUGAUAGGCUCCAAGAUGAAACCAAUGUCACCCCCCCUGCCCCUGCAGUGAUCCCUAGGUACUACAGUGUGAUGGAUGAUGAGGGUGCAGAUGAUGUCUUCAUCCCACCACCUCCUCCACCCUACAUGGCUCCUUUGCUGCCGGCAGAGGGCAGCACAGAUGCAACAGUGAAUAAUUCCAGUGUGAGCCCUUCAAAUGGGGCAGCUGACGCCACAGAGGCUAAAGCUAAUCCCAGUGGCUUAGACUGGCAUCAUGAUGAGAAGCAGUUAAUGGCAACACACGAGGUGGAUGAAAUGAUAGCAAGUACAACGCAUACUUCUAAGGAGUCUAUGGACAACAUAUCUCUGUCCAAAGACAAGGACUCCACUCUACCAAAAGAUCAAGACCAAACAUCCAUGGAGGGGACAGGUAGUCUGAUGGAAACAUGUUAUGAUCGAUCCGGAAGACACCAUCUGGAUAACUCUACAGGAGGCGAAGAAUCAAAUGGGGAACCUGAGGAUAUUGUCAUUUUGAGUGGAGGUCAGGAAAACUGGAAGGAAAUUGAAGCGGAAAGUGAGACACAUUUUGACAAAGACGGAGACAAAACAAAAUCGGAGGAUAUUUGUGGUCUUGCUGAGACAGACUCAAAGCUAACAACGGGAAAUGUUGGCUGCGACGGUGUGGAGACAAAUGCCCCAAAACCAUCUAGCCUCAGUGUGGAUGAUGAUGAUUUUGAGUCCUGCGGGCCACCAGAGCUCUGCAAAUGCAACCAAAACAAGAUGGAUGCACAAACCAAUCAGCCACAGGUACCAGAAAUCCCAACAGAGGUGUCCAAUGAUGACGAAGAGCAUGUUGACACCAGAUCUUUGAACUAUAAUCUCACAAAGUAUGACUGGGUGAGGAGAGAAAGUGGUGCUAGCGAAAGCCAAGUGCCCCAACUCCCCAUCUCUGAAGGCUCUGAAGAGAUGGUGACAAAGGGAGAGCAGGGAGACGGAAGCAGGAGAAUAGCUACUGAUAUCCAACAAGGAGAGCAACUGCUUCAACGUUUGCAAAAGGUGCAGCUACGGCAUGAUGUAAGUAUACCAGAGAGCCCUCGUACCUCCCAGCAGGUUGUCCAAGACACAAGAGGUGAGACAAAGGGUGUGCUCAAGACUGAAGUAGAUGAUUUGAAAACCAGAGAACGGGAUCUGACAGGUGAUGAUGAGAAGGAAGAGAGUAGAUCUCACACUGUUGAUGAUGAGGGAGCAAAGACGAACCUGAUGGAGAAGGAAAAGAAUGAAAAGCAUGAGAGUAAAGACAUUGACACAAAAGCAGGGAUGUCUUUGUCCUUAAUGCUUGUAGGGCCAGAGCAUCACAUGAUCGGCAGAACAAAGGCAAGAGACUCUGAUGAUGAUCAAAGUGACAGCUGGGUACCUGCAGAUUUGUCUCCCAUCAACCCCCAUGAAACAUCUUACACCCAAGUUCCUUUUCCAUCCAGCCACCACAGAUUCUCAUCCGCUAAGACCUCUAUUGAGAGACAGAUCCAUGAGGCAACCCAGGAGAAGCAGAACCUGCAGAGAGCUGGUGGUCUCUUCAACCUUGCAGAUAAUCCAGAUGUGCUAGAGAUCCCCUUUAAGACCAAUAUCUUGCUUCAGCCACUUACCACCAUGGUUGGCCCAGGCCAGCGCAGCGACUGGCAGUUCUCCGAGCAGAAGAUGCAGAAGGAGAUAAGUCAAGAGAUUCAGAGAGAACUGGUGCUGGUCAACCAGGGGAAGAUCCCAGGGGGAUACAGCAAAGGGGAAGUUCGGCAAUUAAAGGAGACAAAACUGCUGUUUGAGGCUUUCCAGCAGGAUAACACGGAGGGUCCAACAAGGCACCGGAAGCCCCCAACCUCAUUGAUGAAAGGUCAUGUUUACCCUUCUGUACUAGAGCGCACACGAAGCCUAGAGAUGUUUUCAUUCAAAAAUCGCCGCGUUUCCAGAGCACAUUCCCUUAGGCUGUGCAAAUCAGCGACAUCUGAGAUGGAGAAAUGUCCUGAAGUCUCAAGAUCAAAGAGCCCAACUGGUGGUUCUCGAGACAAAACACUCUUAUACCCCUACCCAACACAAGACAAGCGCGUGCGCCUGUACGGAAGCAUGGACUCCUUAAGCACUGAUGCCUCUAAGUCAGCAAUGGAGACAAGGAACAAAACUAGGGAAGGAAACACGACACAAGACUCUCUCAUCCUCGAGCAAAACCCCUUCUACAAGUUGCGUCCAGCCCUGGCUCUGCAGCCAGAAGUAGAGAAGGACAUCCGGGAGGCCAAAGAAAGAGAGGAGGAGCUGCGCAGACAGAGAUGCACUCUGUACGGAGAGAAUAUGCCGAAUAGUGGCGACGAGUCACAAUUCACACCAACGCUCGUACCAGAUGACAGGCAGCAGUCCAGGGGGAAACUGGAACGGGUUUGGCCACCGCCCUCCAAGAAAGACCAGAUGAAAUCUGAGCAGACACAGCAGGAGCCAAAAGUUCACAAAGCAGGAGGCCAGAAGGCUCCUCUGUGGCAACGCUGGGAGUCAGGCCUGAUCAACGGGCAGCCGCCAAAGGAAAAGAACUGAUAUUAGCCAUCAUGAUGUCUUCAACAUUACAAAUAGAAUAUCUACAAUCUGCAAUGCUAGAGCUAUGCAAGUCCAAGAUUAAUCAAUAUAACCAAAAUCCUGAAAGUAGUUCCAGCUUGAAUGCUUUCUGGCUCUUCUAACUCUGCUUUGUAUCUUUGUCAAAUAUACUUUUUUGAUAUCUUUAAACAGUAGUUUAAAUAGUUUUAUUCAUAUAAGUAUCACUUCAAUCAUUCUCUUCAUCAUUUUUCUCUUUUAAUCCCAUCAACUGAGUUAUGUAAACAAUACCAGUCCUUUUACUGUAGUCACAGGGUUAAUGGAUUUUUAAUGGGAUGCCAAAUUUCAAUUUACAGUUCAACAAAUUGGGAAACAAUGUUGUAAUGAUGAUGUCCAUUUGUACGUUUCUUCUUCGAUGCAGUUCCCAAUGCAAAUUUCCAAUUGAUCUUUUGCUUUGGGUUUUGAAUAAAUUAAGAAGUUUAUUUCCACAACAGAA